AUGCGUGGGCUUAUCGGCUUGACGCUGUUGCCGCUGCUGGCGUCAUCGGCACCAACCUUCAGCACCGAGACCAUCCACGAAGGUGCUGCUCCUAUCCUCUCCUCGAGCAAUGCCGAGACCAUUCCUGAUUCCUACAUUGUCGUCUUCAAGAAGCACGUCACAGAGAAGUCGGCCUCCGACCAUCACAGCUGGGUGCAAAACAUCCACGGCGAGAGCGAGAAUGUGCGAACUGAGCUCCGCAAACGCUCGCAAUUUCCCAUCACCAACGACAUCUUCGAGGGUCUCAAACAUACAUACAACAUCGCCGGCGACUUCCUGGGUUACUCUGGCCAUUUCGAUGACUCUGUGAUCGAGAAGGUCCGAAGACAUCCCGAUGUCGAAUAUGUUGAGAAAGACUCUCUUGUCCACACAUUAGGAGGAGAUGAUACCGGGGAGCUCGAAAAGAACGCCCCAUGGGGUCUUGCCCGUAUCUCCCACAGAGAUAGCUUAGGUUUCAGCGAUUUCAACAAGUACCUAUAUGCCGCUGAUGCGGGUGAGGGUGUCGAUGUCUACGUUAUUGACACCGGAACCAACACCGAGCACGUCGACUUCGAGGGCCGAGCACACUGGGGUAAGACCAUCCCAGCUGGCGAUGCCGACGAGGACGGAAAUGGACAUGGAACUCACUGCUCUGGUACUGUUGCUGGCAAGAAGUAUGGUGUUGCGAAGAAGGCCAACGUCUAUGCUGUCAAGGUUCUCCGAUCCAACGGAUCUGGAACUAUGGCAGAUGUCGUAAAGGGUGUUGAGUGGGCUGCCAACUCCCACACUGAGAAAGCUAAGAAGGGAAAGAAGGGCUUCAAGGGAUCCGCCGCCAACAUGUCUCUUGGUGGUGGCAAGUCCCCUGCUCUUGACCGUGCCGUGAACGGUGCCGUUGCUGCUGGUAUUCACUUCGCUGUUGCCGCCGGAAAUGACAAUGCCGACUCUUGCAACUACUCCCCAGCAGCUGCUGAGAACGCCAUCACCGUCGGUGCGUCAGCUCUCGAUGACUCCCGUGCAUACUUCUCCAACUAUGGAAAGUGCAACGAUAUUUUCGCUCCUGGUUUGAGCAUUUUGUCUACCUGGAUUGGUAGCAAGUACGCCGUCAACACCAUCUCUGGUACCUCCAUGGCCUCCCCACAUAUCGCUGGUCUUUUGGCCUACUACCUGUCUCUCCAGCCAUCUUCGGACUCUGCAUACGCAGUUGCUGAGCUUACCCCCAAGAAGCUCAAGCAGAACUUGAUCAGCGUUGCCACUGAGGGUGUUUUGAGUGACGUCCCCUCGGAUACCGAGAACAUCUUGGCCUGGAACGGUGGUGGAUCUUCCAACUACUCUUCCAUCAUCAAGUCUGGUGGAUACUCCAAGAAGGCUGCUACCAAGGAGCCUCUUAAGUUGCCAACCACUGUUGAGCUGCUGGAGGAAGCUAUUGAGAAGGAUUUCAACAUGGUCUCUGGAGAAAUUGUCAAGGAUACCAAGACAGCUGUGUCCAAGACCGAGAAGCUCUCAAAGAAGAUCGAGCAAAUUGUUGAGGAAGAGCUCAAAGAGUUCUUCGAGGAGCUUAGCAUGUGA